GGUUGCGCAGUUUCAGCAGUUAAUUUAUCAAGCUAAUGUUAGCCAGCCGCCUUUUUGUUAACGCCAUUAACUACUUUAUUAAGGAAGAAAUACAAGCUUUUCCAUCGGGAAAUCUCAAAGAAACUCUCUGGGUGGCUUAAAUUCUCUGACCAAAAUGCAUGGACAAGGCUGCUGUCUUCUCCAACAAGGGAUGUAAAUGGAAAAUUGCCUGCUGAAAGCUAACUUCAAUUGCAAGGCAUCCAUUGGCAACUCACUUGAGUUGAAUAUUUUGGCCAAACUGUCCCCGUUGCACUAUCAUGUCGUUACCAAAAGACUCAGGGAACCGUGGAAAAGAUCGAGAGCGGGGCGCCCGUCCAAAAGUGAGACAGAGCCGGUCGGAAGAGAGACGGGAUGCAGGUGUUGGACGGAAAGGUGGGAAAGGUAAGAAAAAAGGACUUGCUCCCCAUGAACCAGCAACUGAGCGGCCUGUAAGCGAUGGCUUUGAGUACGGGGAGCUGUUAAAUGACCUCGAGACCAGGGACCAGUCAUCAUCCUCUACACUAAAGGAGAGCUGGAGGUGGCAGGGUUUGGAAGCCCCUUCCUCAUUAUUAGGACAAGAGAAGGCAGCAGGCAGGCCUGGACUGGGGACAGCAAGCUCUGCCACAGAGUUACCUGCACCUGCUGAAGGUGAGGGCAGGGGAUCAAGCAGCAGUCGCACCCUACGGCAAAAAAUUCAAGAUGCAAUGGGUCAGUGUUUCCCUAUAAAAACACACAGUGCAGCGGCAACACCCCCACCUUCACAGACUCUUGCAUCAUCAGCUGCCUGUCCCUCCUCAAGGCGUAAAAUCCAUCUCAGUGAGUUGAUGUUGGAUGACUGCCCGUUCCCUGUAGGAUCAGAGCUGGCUCAGAAGUGGUACCUCAUUAAGCAACACACGGCCCCCAUUACACAGCCACCCAUGCUUGAUUCUGCAGUAGUAUGCAGUGCCCCAUCUUCAGCCAUGGCAGCAGUCGUGGAGGACGUAGAUGACAAAUUGCGGGAACGUAGGCGCAUCAGCAUUGAACAAGGGGUUGAGCCUCCACCAAAUGCAGAGAUCCACACAUUUGAAGUCACCGCACAAAUUAACCCUCUGUACAAACAUGGCCCUAAACUGGCACAUGGUAUGAAUGAGUUAUCUGGGGCUGACAGAGCCAAUGUUCAUCAGCAACAGCAGCUUCUCCUCCAGAGGCAGCAGCAGCACCAGCUCCUGCUCCAGAGUUGUCUAGACACUCUGGAUGAGGUGGUUGCCUCAGCGUCAGCCUCUGUCCACACAGGUGAUUCUGAUCCAAGUGACACUGAUCCAGAAGUUGCAGCAACCAACUUGCCAUCUAGAGCCAUACUUCCACAGACUGAGCAUCACAAAUCCCACGAUGGUUACCGCAUCCACACUCAGAUUGAUUACAUUCACUGUUUAGUUCCAGACCUACUGCAGAUAACCAACCUCCCGUGUUACUGGGGAGUCAUGGACCGUUAUGAAGCUGAGACGCUGCUCGAGGGAAAGCCUGAAGGAACUUUCCUCCUUCGAGACUCGGCACAGGAAGACUACCUCUUUUCUGUUAGCUUCCGCCGCUAUGGCCGUUCAUUACAUGCACGUAUUGAGCAGUGGAACCACAAUUUCAGCUUUGAUGUACAUGACCCCAGUGUCUUUCAUGCUCCUACUGUUACAGGAUUGCUGGAACACUACAAAGACCCCAACUCUUGCAUGUUCUUUGAACCCCUACUGUCCAACCCCAUCCACCGCACACAGCCUUUUAGUCUACAGCACAUCUGCCGGGCGGUUAUAAGCAGCUGCACCACUUAUGAUGGCAUUAACAUGCUUCCCAUUCCAAAUGCUUUGAAAAAGCACCUCAAAGAAUACCACUACAAGCAGAGAGUGCGUGUACGGCGAAUGGAUACUUGGUGGGAAUGAAGAACAAUAAAAAGGACUAAAACAAACUAUUAGAUACAGUUUUUAUGCAAAAAAUAUUAAAAAGUAUGAUGACAUAGCUUGUUCUUGACUAUAUUUGGCUGUAAUAACUUCCACUCCACUGCACUGUACUUUAUUUAUUUUAUUUCCUGCUGUACAUGUCUUAACAAUUGUACUAAACUACACUGAUAACACUAUGUAAUCUCACUGAUCUUGCACACUCAAAGUCCUUUAUGCUUAAAUUAAACAAACUUAUUUAGAUCCCUU